CUCCUUCAUUUUGUUUUCUGUAUCACGGAGCCCUUGUUUCUGCCUCCGGAUCUCGGCAGCAGGGAUGUUAAUGUACUGAUUUUCCGUUAAAAGUCUUGUCAACUUAGAAUAAGAAGAUGUAAGUGGGAUUUUAGGGUAGUUGUACUAGAUCGUAUUUUCUAUAAUCUCCGUAUUUUCCGUAGCUCCAGUGUCUCUUUCAACAAGCUUAUUCCAGGCAGUGGAUCAGAUUGUCUCGGCAUAGUGUAUAUAAACGUUGAAUCCCUCCCCAGAUGACUUCCUCUCCCCAAUCCAGUGUAAUUUCACUACAUUCAAGUAAAGAAAGAAUGUGUGUAUUGACUUGGAAGAUGCCCAAUACUCUAACAUUCCUGGCGCUUGCUGCCUCGACAUUUGCAGCUCCAACACAAAAAUCAUCUAUCAACACAACUGUUGACCUAGGCUACUCGAAGUAUUUAGGGACAAAUAAUGGUAAUGACGUCACUGAGUGGCUUGGGAUACGAUAUGCCGCUCCUCCUCUAGGCAAUUUGCGCUUUCGAGCUCCCCAAAGUCCCCUGGUGAAUGAUACUUUACAAAUAGCUAACCAGGUGUGUAUUUCGACCCACUUUUAACUCCUGAUGUUAAUUCAAGCAUUCACAGCACGGCGGACUAUGUCACUCCUCGCCUUCAACAUCACUUUCUCCCAAUACAACCGAGGAUUGCCUUUUUCUGGACGUAUAUGCACCCACCGAUGCAAGCAAGCUCCAUCCUGUCUUCGUCUACUUUCAAGGAGGGGGCUUCAAUAGCCUUUCUAACCCGAAUUUAAAUGGCACUAGCCUGAUCGUAGCGGGUGAUCAUGAUAUUGUGGUAGUCACAUUCAAUUAUCGCGUUGGACCUUGGGGUUUCUUAACUAGCAAAGAAGUAGUGGAGAACGGAGAUACGAAUGUCGGAUUGAAGGAUCAACGAUUCCUACUCGAGUGGGUUCAGGAGAACAUUGAAAAAGUAAGUGCUCCCAACCGCAGAGGAUAAUCUACACAUCAUGGCCUAUGAUAUUAACAUAACAAAGUUCGGAGGCGAUAAAUCCCAUGUAACCAUCGGGGGGGCCAGUGCUGGUGGUGCCUCUGUAGAUCUCCAACUUUCUGCAUAUGGAGGCCGCGAUGAUGGACUAUUUCAUGCUAGCGCGGCUGAGAGCCAGUCUUUUGGUGCUCAGCUCACGGUCAGCGAGUCACAGUACCAAUAUGAUGGUUUAGUUGAACGAACUGGCUGUGCUGGGCAAAAUGAUACUCUAGCUUGUUUGAGGGAAUUGGAUAUCAGCGUCAUUGCCGAGAACAACAUCAACCUUCCAACUCCGGGUGGUGCAGGAGCGAGCCCGGUAUUCAUGUGGUCGAAUGUUGUUGAUGGGGACUUUUCCUCGGAUUAUACCUACAAAUUGUUUACUACCGGGCAAUAUGUUAAACUCCCUGCAAUAUACGGGUAUGUUUCUCCUCUAUCACUUACUUGCCUAUUCCGGACCAACAACUAACAGGAAAAUUUCCUUUAUUCUAGUGAUGACACAAACGAAGGCACAGUAUUCACGCCAAAGUCCAUAAAUUCCAGUACCGAUAUGACCAGCUUUCUGAAAAACAAUUUCGUCAAACUCACUGAUGAUCAAAUAAGCAAGAUCCAUCAAUACUACCCCAAAGGACCUCAAUAUCCAAAUGCUGGUAGUUACUGGAGCGCAGCAGCUCUUGCUUAUGGCGAGAUGCGCUACAAUUGUCCCGGAAUUUACUUAUCUGGCCGUAACGACGUCUUGGCCCCUUCCCUCGGAAACUGGAAUUAUCAUUGGGAUGUCCUAUCAUCUGAAAAUGCUGCCAAUGGAUUUGGAGUAACGCAUACUGCUGAAUUAGCUUCGAUUUGGGGAUACAGUAAAGCACCAGAUUCUGCGCUUAUACCAUCUAUCCAAGCAUACUGGACCAGCUUUAUAAGAAGCAAAGAUCCUAAUACGUACAAACUGAAGAGUACACCAAAAUGGAAAGAAUUUUCGAUUACUAAUUAUCAAAGAAUCCUCUUCCAAGCACAGAAUGCUACGGGAACAGCAACUCCCCGUGUGAAGAUGGAAAGUAUACCAGAUAAGCAGCUGAAGAGAUGUAAUUACCUGUCUAGUAUUGGGGUGAGCAUUACGCAAUAACGAGUUGGCUUGUUUUGAUUCGAAAUUUCUUGUAUUACCCCUUUUUACUCCUAUUCACAAUUUUCUAGGCCAAAUGAGUUUGGGAUUAGACGUUAGGGAUAGAGUAUUUGCAUGGUUUUAGGUACGCUGUUUGUUUUUGCGUGUCUCUAGUUAGCUAGGAGUGCUCUUCUAGUAUCAGGUUAAUAGUUUAUAAUGUUCUACAAUAGUAUUUAAU